UCCCUCGAACCUUUACUUCCGUUUCCCUCUUUCCUUUCUCUCUCUCUCUCGUUCGCCGCCUCCGUCCUCCUCCUAGUCCCGCGAUGGGCCGCAACCUCCACGGCGCCGACGCGGCCGCUUCGGGCGAACAGGAAACCCUAGAAAUCUCCAAGAACGACGUUAAUGGCGGAGAGGCUCCAUACAAGAAGUUGAAUGAGAAGAAGAAGAAGAAGAACGAGAAGAAUCGGAGAUCGGAAUCUGAGAACGGAAACCUCGUCGAUGAAGAACCCCUAACCCUGCAAUACGCCGAGAACGGAGACAGAGAAUCGAAGAAAGAGAGGAAGAAGAAGGAGAAGGAGAAGAAGAAGCGCGAGCUCGCAGAGGUUGAGGUCGCCCAAUCCGAGAAUCUUGUAAUCAACGGGAGACACUACGAGGAGGUAUCAGAUACGAACGAGAAGCAGAAGAAGAAUAAGAAGAAGAAGAGCAAGCAUGAAGAUGCGGAUCGAGAAGGAACUAACACUGCACAAGUGGUAGCGGAGGAAGAGAAGGAGAGGAAGGGAGGAGAGGAGAGAGCGGGAGCGGAGGGAGGCGGUGCCGUCGUUGUAUCGGGGAACAACGCGAGCGACCAAAAAUAUGCAACUUUGCGUUCGUUCGCUGAGUCCGGACUCCCGGCGCAAGUUCUUGAUUGCUGUAAGAAUUUCACCAAGCCUUCGCCCAUCCAGGCGCAUUCGUGGCCAUUCCUCUUGGAUGGUCGGGACUUCAUCGGGAUCGCGGCUACUGGGUCGGGAAAAACUCUGGCAUUUGGUGUUCCGGCACUUAUGCACAUCUUGAAGAAAGAUAACAAGAAAACAUCGAAAAAAGCAGUUCCGAGAUGUUUAGUGCUCUCACCGACCAGGGAGCUAGCUCAACAGAUUGCAGAUGUUUUAAGCGAUGCAGGGUCUCCGUGUGGCAUAAAAUCAGUUUGUUUGUAUGGUGGAACUUCUAAAGGACCACAAAUUUCUGCUUUGAAAUCUGGAGUUGACAUAGUUAUUGGAACCCCUGGUCGAUUGAAAGAUCUCACAGAAGCAGGCAUUUGCUCUCUCAAGGAGGUUUCUUUCGUGGUUCUUGAUGAGGCAGAUCGAAUGCUUGACAUGGGAUUUGAACCUGAAGUUCGAUCCAUCUUAAGCCAGACAUCCUCUGUCCGGCAGAUGGUCAUGUUCAGUGCAACUUGGCCCCUCGCUGUUCAUCAGCUAGCGCAGGAAUUCAUGGAUCCAGAACCUGUCAAGGUUGUUGUUGGAUCUGAGGAUCUUGCAGCUAAUCAUGAUGUGAUGCAGAUAAUAGAAGUCUUAGAUGAUAAGUCACGGGAUUUUCGACUUGUUUCCUUGCUUGAGAAAUACCACCAAUCACAGAGAAAUAGGGUUUUGGUUUUUGUGUUGUACAAGAAGGAAGCAGUUCGUGUUGAAACAAUGCUUCAGAGAAGGGGCUGGAAGGUUGUUUCUGUGCACGGCGACAAAGCUCAACAUGAUAGAACAAAGGCUUUGUCUUUAUUUAAAGAUGGAAAAUGUCCUUUGAUGAUUGCUACUGAUGUUGCUUCAAGAGGACUGGAUAUUCCUGACGUUGAAGUGGUAAUCAAUUAUAGCUUUCCUCUGACAACUGAAGAUUAUGUCCACAGGAUUGGUAGGACGGGUCGUGCUGGUAAGAAGGGAGUUGCCCAUACUUUCUUCACUCAGGAAAACAAGGGCCUUGCUGGUGAACUCGUCAAUGUUCUUCGAGAGGCUGGGCAGAUUGUUCCUGCUGCUCUCAUGAAAUUCGGUACGCAUGUGAAGAAAAAGGAAUCAAAGCUUUAUGGUUCACACUUCAAAGAGAUUACAGCAGAUGCUCCCAAGGCCACAAAGAUUACAUUUUCCAAUUCAGAUGAUGAAGAUUAAUUUGAGGCUGCAACUGUGUAGCCAAAAUUUAAUCCACAAAAUAGAGGGAGGGGUGGUCUCCUGGUAAUUUUGUUGCCUCAUUGUCAGUCGAAUCUGUUAUGGCCGUGUCGUCCGCUUACCAUAAUGGGUUUCAGGAGAGCAGUUAUAUGUUCUAUUGAAGUCAGAAAUGUGGGAAAAAGAUUUGUAGUUUUUUCCUUCAGUUUUAAUUCUUAUCUAUUUUGAGGUCCCAGCCAUUGUUGAUUCAUUAACUAAUAGGUCAUUGCAAGAAAUGUAUUUGAAAUUCCUCUAAUUGAGUUGCUCUGUAAGAACAUGUAUGAUUUUAGCUGUUUUGGCUGUCACAGGUUUCAGAUAUUAAUUUUGACCCCUUAAUCAUUGCAAA